AAGCUAAAGGUUCUGAAAAACAUUAAACUUACAUAAACGCAGCAAAAUUUAUGUUUAGCACCUAUGUACAUACAUAUGUACAUAUGUAUGUUUACAACAUAGUACAUAAUACAUACAUAUAACAGUAAUUAGCCGCAAACCCUUCACGCUUCUGCUAAACUAAGCUAAAACCGCCUAUUAGUGUUUACAACAAAAAAUAUAUGUACAUAAAUUAAAAUAUAUAGUAUAAACCACUGCCACUACAAAAUAACUACAAACACACAUACUGCAAAGCAUAACGCGUACAACAGCGCUACAAUGACCGCUAAACCGCCAAAACGUGCCAAUAAAGGGGUCAAACGACGUAACGAGCGAAACAUAUUGACAUUCUAUGAGAAAAUCGCCGUCAUACACUACUACGAUGAGACGAGUGUUUCACGAAAUCGCCUAGCUAAACUAUUCCACUGUUGUGCCACACAAAUUCGACGCAUACUCGAACACAAAAAUGAACUGCUGCAACAAUUGGCCACGCUCAGCGAAACGGAUGCAACGAAUUUCAUCGAAGAGAUGACACGCAAACGUCGCAAAUUCGAAAUGAGCGCCAUUAGUUUCAUACUACAUCAAUGGGUGGAGCGCUGUCGUGAAUUGCGUUUGCGUAAAACCAUAACAAAUCAGACGCUCAAGGAUACGGCGCUCAAAAUGGCCGCCAUACUGAAUUUGCCCAGCUUUCGGCCUUCGUAUCGUUGGCUAGAUCGUUUCCGCAGCAAAUACAGAUACACAGCCGAAGAUCUGGGCACAGCGGGUGCGCAUGCCGUUGAUGGUGAACUGGCGGUGGAGGACAUUAUUAUUGAGUAUAAAGAUGCUUUACCGAAUUUCAUGCAAACCGAAAUUUCAGAAAUAACCUCACUCGACAAGGCAAUGCAUGCGGAAGUGGAAAAGACAAAGACGCUGCUGCAAAAUGCAAGCAAUGAGAAUAGCGUGGAUUUUGUGGUUAGCGAUGAGGAGGAUGAGGUAGAAGAGGUGCCUGAUGAUGCCGGUCAAGUAGACGAUGACAUAGCUUUGGUGGUGAGCGAUUCGAAAGACUCCAGUGGUUGCUCUUCGAACACCCAAGCGAGUACACCAAACAUGAACCAGCCGAAUGAACUUAAUGCUGAGCAAAUCAAAAUGAAUGCCGGCACAACAGCUGUACUGGGCAGUAUAUUCCCGCAUCUGGCUGUUAUACAUCAGUUUGCGCUACUCAAUGCCGAUGUCAAGGCGCUGGAGUUGAUCUCACAACUGGGUGUGCACAUGCAGAAGCAAGCGGUCGACGGCGCAUACAAACAACUGACGCUGGCGUCAACAAACGAGGAGUGUAUCGCAGACAAUAUGCAAUCGGAUGUAGGCGGUUUUUAUGCCGCCGAUCUUGAUGAUAUCGUGCUCAUUGAAUGAGUAGUUUAUUAUCUAUAUAUAAACAUAAAGAUGUAAUACUUAUAUACAUAUUAUUAGUAUGUAGUUUUGUAGUGAUUAAUUUUAAGAUGCUCUAGAGAGCAACAUCCACACAUUGGCCUUUGAAUAUUUAAAACAUCCACCGCCUUAACAUAAAACUAUAGUCAGAACUGUGAAGUCACAUAAGCUAAUGCAUAAGUCCUCAUAUUAUAUACACAUAUAUACAUACAUACUUGGGUAUAAUAUAAAUAUUAGUAUACAUAGUAUAU